AUGUCUUCUCUUCCACCCUUCUCCGUGAAGGGAUUCUACGAAUCUCAAAGCUCCGACGAUUCAUAUCUCUCUUAUUCCUCCUCCCCCUCCCCCUCCCCCUCCCCCUCCCCCUCCCCCUCCCCCUCCCCUUCCCCCACUCCCUCCACUUCUACUCGCAAGGGCAAACGCCAAGCCGAAGCGGAUCUUGCUGACGGUGACGAUGACAGAAUCAAGGAUGUGAGAAAGCGUCCUCGUGGUACGACCGCAGCUCCUGCGUUUCCAACAUCUGGAUUUACUGCCCCUCAAGCCCAGGCUCAGCCAUCAGGCUUUAAUUUUAGCCAAAGCCAAAGUUUCCCAGGAGCCAGUUCGGCCCCCGCGCAGUCUAACCAAACAAGCGCAUCUCAGUUUUCUUUUGGUGGCGGCGCUAGCCAGCCAAGCUCGGGCUUCAACUUCUCUGGAGGCUUCGGUGGCUCUGGCUCAGGUCCUGCAGCCAAUCCCUUUGCUACCACUUCCUUUAAUGCUGGGUCUUCAUUCCCCGCCAACCCUACUCCUACGCAGCCUGCGCAACCCACCCAGCAAGCUCCAUCCUUCUCCUUUGGCGGUUUUGGAGGCAACCAGCCUGCUCCACAACAGCCUGCCUUCUCAUCUGGCUUGUUCGGACAGCAAGCCACCAAUAAUGUCGGCGCAAACUCCGUUGCCGACUCUAUGCAAACUUCACCUGAUAGCAAGUCCAAGACGAAUGUUGGAAAUACAUCGCCUUCCUUGCCUUCUAUGGAUUCUUCCUUGAACCGAAGCCUGUUCGGUGACUCAGGAGCUUCACAGGACCUUUCUUCCAAGAAAGCCACACCGGCGAAUAUGCCAAGCAACUUGUUUGGCGGGCUGAACACGCCAUUGAAUGCCGCGAAGGCCUCUGGUCCAUUCUCUUUCGGAUCUAGUACUCCCUCCCAAUCUACCGGGCCUGCGUCCUUGAAUCCCUCUGAUCCCAUUCUCUUUUCGAAUGCGAAUUCUCUACCGUCACCCAUCGCAGGUAACCCGUUUACCGGAAAGGGCGCUUCAUCAACUGCUCAGAAGCCUUCAUACCUCUUUGGAUCUGUGACUCCCCAAUCUACCAAGCCACAUACCCCGAAUGUUACUGCCUCUGAUGGUAUGCUCAUUUCGAAUGCGAACUCUGCGCCGUCUUCCCAACCAGGUAAUCCGUUUAGCGGACUGGGCGCUUCCUCCACCGCUCAGAAUCCUUCUGUUCCGUUCGCGUUCGGACCAGUAACUACCAAGCCCGCAGAGCCCGAAAAUGUGGCUGAAAAGGCACCCCUAUUUGGUGCUGCCACUCCAUCUGCGCAGCAAGAGAAGGCGAGUGCUCCAAAGGCACCCCUCUUUGGUGCUGCUACCAAUUCUGUCUCGCAAUCAGAGAACGGAAAUGCUGCUCCUUCUGCAGCCUCGAAUCUUUUCUCCGUCAAGGCCGCUACACCGGCAGCAGGAAACCCAUUCGCUGGAUUAAGUGCUCCAUCGAAACCAGCAGAGUCUUACACCCCACCCUCGCCCUUCUCAUUCAACUCAUCUACCCCGAAGCCUGCAGAGCCGGAGAAAGCGAAUGCAACUCCGAAGGCAUCCCUGUUUGGUGCUGCUACUUCACCUGCGCAGCCGGAGAAGGCGACUGUACCUCCAAAGGCACCCCUCUUUGGUGCUGCUACCAAUUCCGUCUCGCAAUCAGAGAAUGGAAAUGCUGCUCCUUCUGCAGCCUCGAAUCUUUUCUCCGCCAAGGCCGCUACACCGGCAGCAGGAAACCCAUUCGCUGGAUUAAGUGCUGUAUCGAAACCAGCAGAGUCUCACACCCCACCUCCAUCCUUCUCACUCAACUCAUCUACUCCGAAGCCUGCGGAGCCGGAGAAAGCGAGUGCAACUCCAAAGGCAUCCCUCUUUAGUGCCGCUGCUCCAUCUGCGGAGCCGGAGAAGGCGACUGUACCUCCAAAGGCACCACUGUUCGGCGCUGCUACUCCACCUGUUUCGCAGCCCGACAAAGUGAAAAUUCCAGGAGACGAUAUUCCCCAUCCUGAUUUCAGUCAUCUGACUCAGGAUCAGCAGGACAAAGCCUUGUUGCAUUGGAAGAUCCGAACCUUGGAUAUUUGUUUCCAGCGAGAGAUUGCCCAGUCCCGGCCUGGGGAAACUUUGUUCGACAACAUACUUCUCUUCUACCUUAAGGUCCGACAUGCCUUGGGUCAUCCAGUCAAACAGCGCCCGGAGUUGAAGCGCCCGGAGACAACCGAAGCCUCGGACAAACCCCCCAUGCAAAACGGCCAAGCCGAAACCAAUGGCGACCACGGGUCUACGACAGCCAGCAUUUUUGCGAAGUCGUUCUCUUCUCCUGGGCCUGCUCAGGAUUCCUCCAGCUCGGCUUCUAAGUUUGGAGCACAAACAUCCACCCCCGCAGCUCCCAAUUUUGGAGCAGCCUCAUCCUCAGCGGCUCCUCAGUUUGGAGCAGCCUCAUCCUCCGCGGCUCCCAAGUUUGGAGCAGCCUCAUCCUCCGCGGCUCCCAAGUUUGGAGCUCCUUCAUCCUCUACGGCCCCCAAGUUUGGAGCUCCUUCAUCCUCUACGGCCCCCAAGUUCGGGAAUGGCACCUCUGGCCCCGUCGACUUCAUGGCUCAGUUUAAGAAGACAGCCGACGACAAUGCGGCCAAGGAGAAGGCUAAGCGCAAGGCUGAGGAGUUCGACUCCGAAGAAGACGACGAGGAAGAAUGGGAACGUCGUGAUGCAGAGAAGCAACGCGAAAAACGUGCGAAGUUUACCGCUGAUGCCGCUAAGGCUGAUGCCGCAAAAUCGGUCUGGAUUCCGGGACAAGGCUGCAAGCCGGUGGAUUCCCCGAAGUCAACCACACCCACGCCGGGUGAGAAGCCCUCUCCUGUGCCAUCUUCUUCUGGCUCCAUUUUCGAUUCACCUAGUCUCCCUGUUUCUGACUCCGAGAACAUCUUUGGUCGUGUUCCUACUCCGCAGCCCCCGGUCGACGAUGACAAGGACAGCGACGCGUCCGAUGUCGAAAGUCAUGCCAUCUCUCCCAAACGUCGGGCUGAAGAUGACGCGAACGAGGACGCUCUGCGUAAGUCUAAGCGGGCCAAGUCUCCUGAGAACACCGCAACCCCCAAGCCUAGCCUGGAUCACACAUGGAAGCCAUCCGAACCCAUCAAAUUCGGAGUAUCUGCGACUUCUUCUACCGCUGGCCCGAGUUCCAUUUUUGCCGCUGCACCCACUUCCAUUUUUGCUGCCGCUCCUGCCGUUACCCCGGCAGCCACACCUGCCACGGAGACUUCGGCCUCUGAGACCAAUGACGACGAGUCAGCACCUGGUGCCAUCUUCAGUCUGGCUGAAGAUGCAGCGGAAACGGAGGGCGAAGAAUGCGUUUUCAAAUGCCGUGCCCGCGCUUUCAAGCUCGGCACCGGUUGGGAAUCUCAGGGUACUGGUUUUGUCAGCCUUCUCGUCCAUGAGAGUGGACGCGCACGCAUUGUUCUCCGUGCAGACCCCAGCGGUUCCGUAAUUUUGAACACUCUCCUUAAGAAGGAGUUUGAGUAUCAACUUACUAAUAGUUCAAUCCAAUUUAUGGUUCCGCAGGUGGACGGCCCGCUUGAGCAUUGGGCUGUGCGCGUCAAGGCAGACUCGAUCAACGCCUUCCACGCCAAGGUCGAAUCCAUCAAGUACUAG